AUGACAAGAGAUACAUUUGAAGUGAUUUGUCAACAACUUGGAACAGUAUUGCCAAGGUACCAAACUGCCCGUCCAUCUGGACGACCUGCCAUACCUCUUCAAAACCAGCUGAUGAUAUUUCUUUGGUAUAUCGGCAGUCUUGAGCCUCUAUGUAGAAUCGGAGAUCGAUUUAAUGUGACUGAGUUCUCAGUGUUACGCAUUCGUCGAAGGAUUUGUAAAAUGUUGUUAAGACAUUUCAAGUCUAAAUAUAUAAAAUGGCCAGAUGGACAAGAUCAACAAACUGUCAUGAAUGCAUUCAGAGAGAAAAAGGAGUUUCCACUUGUAAUUGGAGCUUUAGACAGUACCCAUAUACAAAUUAGACCUCCUCAGGAGCAUCCACAAACCUACGUAAACCGUAAAGGCUACCAUUCAAUCGUUCUCCAGUGUGUAUGUAGAGAGGAUAUGAGGUUUACACAUUGUUUUGCUGGAUGGCCUGGGAGUUGCCAUGACUCUAGGGUGUUAAAGAACAUAGACUUGUUUCAGAAUGCACAGCAUUUAUGUCAGGGUGGACACUUAAUAGGAGACGGUGGGUUUCCAUUGAAGGAAUGGUUGAUGACCCCAUGA